GAUAUCCAUUUGGACUGUCCUAUACUUAACUGACGUGAAUGACAAUGCUCCGUAACUACAGAAUCUACCAUACCAUUGGAGUAUCAGUGAGCAUUUUCAUUUUGGUAACGAAUCAUAUGACAAAGUUUCUGCGAACGAUUUCGAUGCCGGAAUAAAUGGGAUGUUAAGAUACAGAAUGGAGGUAAUAUGCUUUAAAGGAUAUGUCUAAACUUACAUUUCUUCUGUGUCUUAAUAAAUUAGAACAAAAUAACCAACAAUUUAUAUAUUUGUAAUGGUAACUUAAUUGUUUUCCAAAUUCUAUCAAGAAAAUAACUGACUGCAAAACGAAAAACUUAUGUAAAACAAAAAAGACGAAUACUGAAACUUCGAUCAAUUUGCGUUGUAUUAUCUUCUUAUUGCAUUGUUGUUGUUUAAACUGUAAUAAUUUUGAAAUUUAUUUUGGUUACAUUCUAGCCGAUUACAAAGGUAAGUAUAUCUUAUAUAAAUUCAACGAUGUUUUUUUUCAAAGUAUGAAUAAAAUUAGCAUCUGUAGUUUAGGCCAGAAAAGAUUUACAAAAUUAUUGAAUGUAUGAUUGUUUUUAUGACUUAAUGAGGGUCCAUCUGCCUUUUCAGGCACUGUGAGUACGGUCCCUAAACAAGCCACUUUGUUUUCAUGUCCUUAAACUGUUAUAAUCUACCAAAAGGUGACCAAUAAAUUUUAAAUUCAGUUUAUUCACUGAAUGAUACAUAAUAUGUGUGCAAGCUUUUGUGAUGCUACUGUUUUGAUGCACGGGAUGCCAAUGAGAACAUAAUGGAGAAAAUUAAGGUGUUGCUGCUAAAAUAAAUGAUCAUAUCUUUCGGAGGAGUUUUACUGACUGAUAAGGUUAUGCAACUCGGACAUACAAGAGCAUCCUUCCCAUUUUUUCACAGACGAAUUCGGAAUGAAAUAUAAGCCACAAAAGCGAUUCCUUUUUCAAUUUUGUAUAAUACUGAUAAUCAGUAUACCCAAAACUGGUGAAAUAUAUAAUACAUUGUAACACAAAGUAAGAUUCAGCAAUUGAUAUAGAACCGAUAAUUUCAUUUUGCUUUGCAUUUUCAUUGAGGGUAGCUUUAGUCAAAGGGGGACUUGCCUCUAUUCUAUAUAUACAAAUGUAUUGCUACCUUUCCUAUUUAAAAGUACUGUUUAUAUUACUUUUUGUUAAUGUCAUCAGCUUUAAAUAUAUAAUUAUUAAUAUAUAAUAGCGAUAAAAGUAAGAAAUGAUAGAGAAUUAAUGAACUUCAGUCAUAAUAUUCAACGAUAUGUACAUGUAUGAUAAUAACACUCUGUUCUUAUUUGAUCAAAUCAGUCGGAAUCCAUGGCGACGGAGUAUAGAGCAACUUUUACCAUGGACACAGUUACAGGUGUGGUCAAACUGGAACGUAACUUGGAUUACGAGAAGCAUAACAUCUACCACUUUAACAUAACAGCUACGGAUGAAAACGGCAAUGGGAAAACAAGUGAAUAUGCUGUACUUACCAUUAGAGUACUAGACGUCCAGGACACCCCUCCAAUCUUUACUAGUGGUUCCUACACGGCUGUAUUACACAACAAUUUUGAAGUGAAUUCUUUGGUAAUAACAGUCAAUGCUUUGGAUGGCGAUACCGGUUACAGCCCUUUAAAUGAUGUGGAUUAUUCAAUUUUACAAGGCCCAUGCUCGGAACUGUUUAGCAUAGACAAACAAGGGGAUAUUCGCACGACAAAACCAAUUGGCGACAAUACUCAGGCGUUUGAACCGUCUUGUGUACUUACUGUUUCGGCACAAGAAGUAGAUGUUGAUCCAAGUAAACAGUAUGGUUCUACAAAGACUGAGACUACUGUUCGUAUGGUUUUGGAAAGCAAGGAACUCAACCACGAAAGUUGCUCAAGUGGGACAACGUUCAAUGCUAUCAUGAGCAUAUAUUUUGCUGUAGCUGCAGUGUCGCUGAUGCUGAAAACAUCUUAGAACGACUUAAAGAAAAACAAAAAUAACCAAUUUGUACAUAUUAUCAACCAGAAUCCGGUUAAAGAUACAUUUGCCAUAUGAAAGGAUGAGUGAUGAGAAAUUCACAACAAGUCUUACAUAUUUCUUAACAGUUAUGGUAAAUUAAAAAGCAUAUCAUGUCACAACAGCGUUUUUAAAGAGUAUCUACAAACAUGUAAUCCAGAGUUUGAUAGUUUACUAAAUCAUUUAACAUAAGCGAGUUGACAUUUUAAAAAAACCUGUCUGUUUCAUAAAUCAGUUAAUUGAAAUAUCUUAAUUUGUAUGUUUAAGACACAAGUUACAUUAAUAAAAAUAAUUAUUGAUAAUUGUAUCAUAAUUUGGGGACCAUUUCAUU